CGCCAAGGCCAUGUGCAAAUCGUGUGGACCAUUUGUUACAAUACGACAAUUUCAAAAUCGUCUAAAACGUUCACUUGCCGAGAACAUCAAAAUUGAACUUGAAAUGUUGCAACAAAAUGGAUUCGGCACAUUAAAGACAAUCAAAACCCGCCAUGGAAAGCGUAACUUUUUCUUCAAAAUACCAGGCAAUUGCAUCGAUAUGGAAAUUGGUGCACAUUCUACAAUCAUCAAAUCGGUGGGAAUUAAUAUUGACACAUAUGAGUCAACAUUCAACGACUUAUCAACUCUUACUGAUGAAGAAAAGAACUUUACUAUUCAACAUCAUCCACAUGCAGAGGGAAUCGAAGGACUGUGGUGAAUUUAUUUGAUGACCGAACACACGCAUUUUGAAACUAAUUGUAAUCAAUUUAGUAUCAUUUUUCAAGAAAACAUAAUUCUCAUUAUAUUUGUUUCAUAUCUCAUCUCAACUGAAAACUUUUAUUCCUUUAAUUGUGUUUUUUCAAACAAUCAAAGCGU